UCUAGUGUUUACUACAAAAUUUUUGGCAGAACGGGCCUUGUUUCUUUGCCUAUGUCCUAUGUAAUAGAUUAAUCAAAAUUAACAAUAAUGUAGGUACUUUCAAGUUUCAAUCGGAGGUUUCAACUUUUUAAAAAUAUUGACAAGAUUAUUGGUAAAGAUAAAUAUUAAUAAAUUUGUCAUUUUAUUAGUAUAGCUUUUAAAGUAUACUAAUUUUAUAUAUAACAUGUCGUCGAAGCAGAAAUGAGUACUAGUUUAAUUAGAUCCAGGGUAAGCUCAGAGCAACUGGACUUAUUGUUGACUUUUAUGGAAGAGCACCCUGAUUUUGCAGCGGGCAAACAGGCAAUUUAUUCACGCUAUAGUUCGAGUAAGCUUUGGAGGUUGCUGGCGGAGCGACUAAAUGCUGCUGCUGCUGAUACUGGAGGCGCAAGAAAGUCGCCUGAUAAGUGGUCUCGCUACUGGGUCGAUAUAAAAUACAAGGCACGAAGAAAAUCAGCUGCAGGUGGUGCCCUCGGUGACCUUUCCUCUGCCGAAGAGCGUCUCCAAAAUAUCUUCAACAAUAGCAAUUGUGUGUCACACACACCAAGAGGGGGGAGCCACUCUGAUGAAGAUCGUAAACUGACUCCACUAGACGACGACAUGCGUUCUGAUACUUCAGUUCCGUCAACUUCUGAUGCUCCUCGACCAAGCACUGAGGAGUUACUUGCUGAAGCUGCAAUGCGUAGUGCCUUAGCUGCUGAGAAACAGGCAGAAUCUGUUGCCCAAGCUGUCGAUCUUCUUAGAGAUAUAGUGACAUUGUUACGAGAGAGAAACCAUCAACAAUCUCAACCACCUCCUCAGACACAUCAGGAACCAACAGUGCAAGUGUACCAGCAUCACCACAGAUUGUGAUUCAUCAAGGAAUUUCAACUAUAAAUGACUUCAUCUGCACGCUGGCGAGCCCGGACGGCGCCGUGCUGCAGCACAGCUUGCAGGAAGGCUGGCUGGGCUUGCAAACUGACUGCCCGUUCCCGUACAGGCCGCAGGGCUUCACAGAGAGCAUUUGCAACAACACCUUUAUACUGCGCCGUUGUCAUACCAUCUGAUUCUUCAACUACUUCUUCAGGGAGUUUAUCUUCAGCAAGGCAGUGUAGUUUUAUAAGAUUUGAUACUCCGGGCCGUUCUUUUGGAUCAUAUGUAACCUGGAUUAACAGACAAUUAUUUGCUUUGAAGUAAUACAGAUGUGAUUGGUUAAUUUGAUUGGUGAUUAGUUAUUUAGGUGGGUGAUAAAUAUAUUAAAACAAUAGAAAUAAGUUACUAGUAAGCUGAUGUAUAUAUAAGUAGGAUGUAAGGAUUAUGAAGUUGUGUACAUUUCUGAAAUAAAUGUGCACUUAUAUCAGCGUUUUUCAAAGUUGUAUAUUAUUAUAUUAUCUGCUCCUCUCUCUCUCCCUUAAAGGGUGAAUUAGGGUUUCAAAGUUUAUAUGGGGAGUGUAAUUUCAUGGUACUUCCUUCCUAAUAAGGCUUCUUAUACAUUGUUUAGGAAAAAAUAUUAUAAUUCAAAUACGUCAUUACUGUAAUGUAGUUCCAUAUAAUGACUCAUUUAAAAAGUCACCAUGAACAAUUAAAAGAAAGCUACCUAAAAUGUUUUAUGGUUUAAAUUAUUUUAAAUCUCUUUUAUGAAUCAGAAAUUUGCUCGACUAAUUAUGAUUAAAAUAAAUAAGUUCUUAAAUAAUUAUCAAUAUUACUAUCCAGAGGACUAGAGUAUAAUAGUAAUACACUAGUUGAUUCUAAAGCAAUAUGGUAAAUUGUCAAAGGACUACAAUAUGUUACUGCUAUUAGUUUACAUAGAGCUGUCUAUGUAUUUGUAUUUAAUUAUAAGUGUCACUGACUUUUGAAUUAUUCGUUUUCCCAAAUUAAUGAUAGUUUGUUUAGUUUAUUCACUAGCGCAUCAUUGUGUACACAUAAUUUUAAUAUUGAGAAUCAAUCGUGGAUAAAUGUAAUGGGAAAAUGUAUAUUUCAAUAUUAUUUUAUUAAAAUUAUUGAAUCUAAAUCCUUAUACUUAAAUAUCCUUAAGUAACAUGAUAAUAUAGUAAAAGUAUAAAAUAAAUAAUUUUUAAAUA